AACAUGCUCAAGUCAGACUCUGGCUGAUUGAAAGUAGAGGGGCGCCGUUUGCUCUUAAAGGGACCGUAGCCUCGAUACUCGGCAAGGCCUGUAAAGGAGGGGGAAUCGGCGGAAGCUGGCGGCAACAGCAGGACGGAGUUCAACAGUGCCUUUCCAGGUGAAGUUCAAAGACCGCUUUUGAGUUCUCCUUGCCUGCAGUUGUCAUCCCUGCCUUGGCCAUUGGUGUAGUUGGGGGAUGGAUUUUGAUCUCCCAGCACAGUUACAUCCCCUUUGAACCUACUGUGAACUUCAAGAGAGGCUGGAUAAAUGGAGCAGGAGUGCCUAGCUCUUGUUGCUGCCUGUGUUCAAACAUCUCAGUUGCUCAUACAACAAUGGAUGCUCAACAGACGUGCCGUGAUUUUUGCCAUAGCCAGAAUCCUGCAGCGCAGGCGCUUCCGACGAUCAGCUGCAGUGCUGCGGCGUAUCCUCUCCGCGAGCGUGCGACGCAAGAGAGCCCUGCUACGCCUUCACCGAAAUGCUAUUGUCUCUGUGGUCACCAUGGUAUACUCCUCUUCUCCUGCCCUGCACUAUGAGCAUGAGCUGAUGGCCUUGUCGGAGAGAUCACAUUGGAUGCUUCCAAGAUGCAGUGAAUGGUGGGAGCGGAUGAUUUCUUCAGAGCAGGAUGACAGGUGCUGGAUUUCUUUGUUCCGAAUGUCACGCUCUACACUUAUGUAUAUCGCAGAGGAGUUGCGCCCCGCCUUGCAGCGUCGAGACACUGGCAUGCGGUCACACAUACCUGUUGAAAAAAGGGUUGCCAUGACCAUCUGGAAGUUAGCUCACCAUGACAGUUACAAGACCGUCUCAGAACUCUUUGGGGUGGGAAUUUCAUCUGCUUGCUCAAUAUUUGAAGAGGUCUGUGAGGAAAUAAACAGCAGGCUGUUGACUCAGACAAUUCAGUUGGGAGACCCAGAGCAAAUCAUGGAAGGCUUCAAAGAGAUGGGCUUCCCCAACUGUCUGGGCGCAAUUGAUGCCAUACACAUCUCUAUACUUUGCCCACCAUUUUCAGCUGACUCUUACAUUAAUUGUAAAGGCUUCUAUUCAAUGGUAUUGCAGGCCCUGGUGGACAGCAGAUCUCGCUUCACUGAUAUCUAUGUUGGCUUUCCUGAGCGGUCUCACGAUUCCCGCAUCCUGCACAACUCUCCUUUUUUCAACAGUAUGGAUGAGGGUACCUUUGGGCCACAAACUCCAUUGGUGCUGGAGGGGGUCUCAAUGACUCCAGUCAUAAUUGGAGAUCAUGCAUAUCCACUUCGCCCCUGGUUAAUGAAGCCAUACCCAACGCCAAAAACUGAGGCUCAAGAGACAUUCAACGAGAGACUAGCUAAGUGCCGAGCCUGUGUGGAGAGAGCUUUUGGGGUCCUGAGAGCUCGCUGGAGAUGUUUGCAGAUGAGGCUGGAUGUCAGGGAGAAGCUCAUCCCAGUAGUCAUAGCUACAUGCUGUAUCCUACACAAUAUCUGUGAGAUCAAAGGUGAUGAGCUGUUGGAGCCACUAGAAAGCCCUAUUGCUACCGAAAACCAGAAUGCUUCUGCUAGGCCAAGGGUACCAUUGUCAGAAGCAGGAUUGACCAAAAGAGCUUGUCAGAUUAGGGCAGUUUAUUGCUCUUAUUUUGAAAAGAACCCUUUGUAAAAGAGCUGUGUGUCAUGAAAUACUGAAGUGAACUCCAUAGUACCAAGUUUUAUAGAAAUUAAAUAAAAGAUUGCUUUUGAAUA